AUGGAUGGUGAAUGGGAGCCCCCUAUGGUAGACAAUCCUGAAUAUAAAGGAGAAUGGCAACCAAAACAAUUCGAUAACCCGAACUACAAGGGACGUUGGCAGCACCCUGAAAUAGACAAUCCCGAGUAUAGCCCAGAUUCAAAUUUGUACCUUCGAAAGGAAAUUUGUACUAUCGGGUUCGAUUUAUGGCAAGUUAAGUCAGGUACCAUAUUCGACAAUAUACUUAUUACCGAUGAUAUUGAAAUGGCAACGGAGAUUGCUGCAAAUGUAAAGAAUACUCAAGCUGGGGAACGGAAAAUGAAGGAAAAACUGGAUGAAGAACAAAGAAAAAAGGAUGAGAAUGAACAAAAGUUCUCAGAUUCAGAAGAUGACGAUGAUAAAGAGGAAAUAUCUGAAGACAAUGGAAAUGAUCAUGACGAACUAUAG